AUGGGUGUUAAGCCUAGUAUGCAAGUGAACUAUUGCAACAAGGACUGCCUGGGUCUACGUAAGCGAGUUUGCGGCCUCCAUCAAACCUUCAAGUGGCUCCAUCAGACACCUGCCCUGCACGAAUACCUAAUCUCUGCUAGCUCAGUGGCUGCGAACAGGAACACCCAAAGCGGCGUGCCCCCCAAGACUGCAACGGUCUAAAGUCCAAACGAAGUAAAGA